GAAUCACGUUCACAGAAUUUGAAGUCUUUUAAGACACAAAACAGAAAUGGAUUCUGCAUUAUUUGAAGAUAUUUCACCAAGCAAAGAUGGCGGUGUCCUGAAAACAAUCACAAGACAUGGUAAUAAUGACUCUGGCAUGCCUUCAUCUGGUUGCAAAGUGCACGUUCAUUAUGUUGGAAGGCUUGAAAAUGGAGAGAAUUUUGAUUCCAGCAGAGAUCGUGGUAAACUAUUUUCUUUUUCUCUUGGCGACAAUACAGUGAUUAAAGGCUGGGAAAUAGGUGUUGCAACCAUGCAUAAGAAUGAAAUAUGUGAGCUAAAGAUAGCACCAGAAUAUGGUUAUGGUGAAAAAGGCUUUCCUCCAAAAAUUCCAGAAAAAGCUACGUUAAUAUUUGAAAUUGAACUAGUGUCCUGGGAUGAAGAAGAAGUAACAUCUGAUAAAGGAGUUACCAAGCGCAUUUUAAAGGAAGGUGACAGCUUGAAUAAACCCAAUUUGGAUGCUUCCGUGAAAGUGCAUUUGCGAGGGUCAUACAAGGGACGUUUAUUUGAUGAACGGGAUGUAGAAUUUGUUAUUGGAGACGGUUAUGAAGUUGAUAUCAUUGAUGGUAUUGAGUUAGCUCUGUGUAAAAUGAAGCGGCACGAGAAAGCACGAGUGUUCAUUAAUGCAAAAUAUGCUUUUAAAGAAAAGGGCAGUGAAAAGUUUGACAUUCCACCAAAUGCUGACGCAAUUGAAUAUGAGGUGUGUUUGUUCAAUUUUGAAAAAGCAAAAGAACUAUACGAAAUGGAUUAUGAUCAGAAACUUGAGAAAGCACAAGUCUUGAAAGAAAGGGCAUUGAAAUGUAUUAAAGUGGAGGAGUAUGCUAAAGCCAAUGAGCAGUACACUAGAAUAUUAAAAUUUGUGACAAUUAAUAAAGAAGAUAGUGAUUACAAACGAGGUUUACCUUUUAAAAUCGCUGCAACAUCGAAUGCAGCCUUUUGUUAUUUGAAACUUGGCGACUUCCAUAAUGCUUGCAUCAAAUCUGAAAAAGUUUUAAAGCUAGACAGCAAGAACGUGAAGGGUUACUUUCGUCUUGGUGAAGCUAAUAUUGGCCUUCGAGAAUAUGAAAAAGCCAUUAAAGCGUUUGAAGAUCUGUUGAAAAUCGAACCUGAUAAUACUGCAGCCAAAAAGCAGAUUAAUUACUGUCGACAACUUUUAAAAAAACAAGUUGAAAAAGAGAAGAAAUUAUAUGGAAUUCAAAGGAAAAAUGGCAGCACCUAAAGCCUCGUGGACCAGACUGAAACCAAUGAUUAUAACAAGAGGAUCUGCUCCUGCCAUUAGUUGUGAAAACAAAAUUUAUGUGUUUGGAGGCUGUGGUGAGAAUAUUGGAAUGUCCCUUGAUACUGCUGAGGUCUAUGAUCGUCAAGAUCAAAAAUGGAUAAUGUUACCGCCUAUACCGCGUGCCCGUAGUGCACCUAUAUUGGUAAAAA